AUGGCGCCUAAAGCCUCACAAGAAGUGUCCACUCGUCGAACUCGUCCAGCAAAUGCAAAUACUCAUCCUGGCAGGCCUGUUUUAGAGCUGAAGCUGAGGAGUGACUCCAGAAUGCAAAGAGAAAACCACGGAGGAAUCAAGGCAAAGCCUGUUCAUCCUCGUCCUGUAGGCAAAGGCAAGAAAACAUCUAGCCCAGAUAUUACUAAUGAUAAAACCACUUCUGUUGAUCCAGAGGAUACUCUACUGAGCGAUGGAGAAAGUGAAGUUGUUGAUGGGAAGAAAAAGAAAGAGAAGGUGCCAAAAACAUUGCUGAAGGAAGCCAUCAAGAAUGCCUGCAAGACUGAUCACUUUGAUUCUGAUGCACAUGCCUUGAGUGAUAAGAAAGGCAACAACAUGCCUUUGUCUGAAUCAACACUUCUUUGUAUAAAUCAGGCGGUUUCAAGUACAACUAAAAAACUCUCUCUUGGUGGUCUUAUCAACAGCUGGGCUAACGAUGUACCAGCUGAACUGAAGUCCACUAUAUUAAGUUCCAGAUUAAAUACCUUUUCUGCUUCUCAUGCUGCAACCACUCCACCCUCAUUGGUAUUAUCUACUAGUACCAAGACCAGUUCCAGGGCCAAACCUGCGCACAUCAAUCAAAAGCAGUCAAUUAGCACAACUGAGUCCAAUGAUGUCCUCAUGGUCAGCGACAAUAGUCUUGAUGACCCUGAGGCUCUUGAACAUCUUCCAGCUGUACUGUCUAGGAAGAAAGGGAAACAGCUGAUUAAAAAGUCUACUCUAAUUGUUCCCACCAGUGAGAGUGACUCUGAGCCUGAGCAGAUCAUGUUUUCUGCUCAGCCUGGUAGUAUCAAGCGUAAGGCUGAUAAUGUUGGGGAUUUUGUUGAUGAGACUGCAUCUGAGGCCACUGAUGAUUCUAGCUUUUCGGCUGAUGAUUCACAAGCAAGCCUCUUGCCCAAGGUUACAUCAAUUCCAGCCAUUGAGAAGGGCCAUGUUUCUCGCAAAACUACAUCAACAUCUACUGUUGUAUCUCAGGGUGCUACCCCUCCACCAUCCAAAAAGUUGAAGAAAGAAAGCUUUGAGGUUACCAACUGCAGUGAUCUUGUGCCUCUGCCCUCAACCCAAGUUCCAGCGGGUUAUUACGACAAUGACAUACCUCCUCCCAACACCCAAGUCCCUCCGGCCUCACAGAAGGCUACUGUUACAAUAACAUUUACUCUGCUUAUUCAUCAUCGCCGGAUACGGCUAUCUCACCUCUCCCAAUUCCGACAUCUAGAGCGUAGCUCUACAGAUCCUCAUCUCAUGGCCGCCGCAUCUGGAACCGGCCUAGACUUGCAUCUAGAGGCAUCUUGCCUCGUGUUUGAUUAUCAUUGUGCACAGCACGAUUCUCUUCUAUUCUUUGAUUGUAUCUUGGACACCAUCAUGCGCAGCAUGAUUCCUUUAUCUUCUAUUGAUUAUCUUGAUUGUUGCAUCGUUACUAUCAACAUGCCAGAGCAUGAACACUUACUUACUUAG